AACAAUUCUUGGUUUGAUACUUAUAAAAGGGUACUCUAACCCCAUUAUACAUCAUCUUGAGGCCUAACAAAACACUCCAAAACAUCAACUCUUAACUCAUAUUUCUUGUUCAUCUCUAAGGCUUUUUCAGCCAUGGGAUCCACAGCAAAUAUCCAGUUACCAACACAAUCCGAAGACGAAGAGCGUAAUUGCACGUACGCCAUGCAACUACUCUCAUCGUCAGUGCUUCCCUUCGUGUUGCACUCAACGAUCCAGUUGGAUGUUUUUGAGAUACUCGCAAAAGAUAAAGCCACUAAACUAUCUGCUUUAGAAAUUGUGUCUCACAUUCCUAACUGUAAGAACUCUGAUGCCGCUACCAUGCUAGACCGGAUGCUUUAUGUCCUAGCUAGUUAUUCUUUACUCGAUUGCUCUGUUGUUGAGGAGGGAAAUGGGGUGAUGGAAAGGCGCUAUGGUCUGUCGGGAGUGGGGAAAUUUUUUGUACGUGAUCAAGAUGGUGCAUCAAUGGGGCCAUUGUUGGCUUUGCUUCAAGAUAAAGUAUUCAUUAACAGCUGGUUUGAACUAAAAGAUGCAGUACUUGAAGGUGGAGUUCCAUUUGACAGGGUGCAUGGUGUACAUGCAUUUGAAUAUCCAAAAUUGGACCCAAAGUUCAAUGAUGUUUUCAACAAGGCAAUGAUCAACCACACAACUGUUGUCAUGAAAAAAAUACUUGAAAAUUACAAAGGUUUUGAGAAUCUCAAAACUUUGGUUGAUGUUGGAGGUGGUCUCGGAGUUAAUCUCAAGAUGAUUACAUCUAAAUACCCCACAAUUAAGGGCACUAAUUUUGAUUUGCCUCAUGUUGUUCAACAUGCACCUUCCUAUCCUGGGGUGGAUCAUGGGGGGGAUAUGUUUGAAAGUGUUCCACAAGGAGAUGCUAUUUUUAUGAAGUGGAUCCUUCAUGACUGGAGUGAUGGUCACUGCCUCAAAUUGCUGAAGAACUGCCAUAAAGCUCUACCGGACAACGGAAAGGUGAUUGUUGUGGAGGCCAAUCUGCCAGUGAAACCUGAUACUGAUACCACAGUUGUUGGAGUUUCACAAUGUGAUUUGAUCAUGAUGGCUCAGAAUCCGGGAGGCAAAGAGCGUUCUGAACAGGAGUUUCGGGCAUUGGCAAGUGAAGCUGGAUUCAAAGGCGUUAACCUAAUAUGUUGUGUCUGUAAUUUUUGGGUCAUGGAAUUUUACAAGUAGAUUUCCACAACCUACUUGGCUCUUAUGAUUAUGUAUUUUUAUGGCACUCUGGGACUGGAAUUUGUAACUUAGCCCAGCUUGAAUGUUUGACAUUGAUUCCUAAUAAUAUUUAUAUUACUACUUGUUUGUUUCUCUAGUUUGAGAGGAUGUCAUU